UCUGUACAUAUGUUGAUGGGGAGUCGUUAUCUCUAUUUAAACUGGUUCUAGACUGAAUGCACAUUCCUAUUAAGUUUGUCGGCCUUAUAGAACUUCUAUCUAUUACCAUUAUAUUGUCAUUUUAUUCGCUGAUCAACCGCUGGGGCCAGCACAUGUACAGUCUAGAGUAGAGAGUAAAAUGCGUUCCAUUUACAGCAAAGUAGUUCUAAGUCUACAACUAAUCAUCGUCUAUCGAUGCCAAGCACUGAAUAUAACCCAGGAUAUACAAAGAUGCCGCUUUGGGGACACCGAUUGCCUCAUCGAGAGCAUGAACAGCAUCAUCAGGAGAUAUCCCAAAGGCAUACCCUCAAUCGGCAUGAAACCCAUCGAUGUGGUGGACAUAAUGGACUCGCAGAUAUGGAAUAAUGCACAGAGGGGUCCCGUCUGGUUCAUGUUCAAGAUGUUCGAUCAGGUCAACUAUGGCUUUGAGAAUACAACAAUCACAAAGGUUAGGGGCUUUGAUAAGAAUCCAACCACAUCGCAUAUUGAGAUACUCGGCGAGAUUCCCAGCCUUAUCCACAAGGGCAUGUACACGGCUGUUGGAAAGUUGCUGUUCAUUCAAAUGAAUGCAACUGGAGAGUUCAUAUCGGAUUUUCAGAAUUUUAAAUUCACCCUCAAGCUGAAAGUAUUGCUGGAAUAUCGGAACAAUAAGCGCUACUUGAAGAUGUACGAGCUGGUGCCAAGAGUGAGUUUGGAUCGUUGGAUUAUCUGGCUGGAUGAGUUCUUUCGAGAGAACACCGAUCUAACAAUACUCGUGAAUCAGGUGUUCAAUGCCCAUUGGGUGGAGUUUUGGAAUGAGCUGGAGCCAUCGAUUCUAAAGGUAUUUCGGAGUGUCUUCACUCGCAUGAUAGAGGACAUAUUCGAAAAGGUUUCCUAUGAUGAUUUGUUCCUCAAUUAAAUAGACUUUCUAGUACGUGUA